AUGAGAAAUUUGAUUUUUUUGGUAUUGAUAUUGAAUUCAAUAUUGUGCUUAAAUCCAAUAGAUGAUGAAGUAAAGGAAUGGCCGUUUUAUCCAGAGUAUAAUUUUAAAACUUACAGCGGAUUUGUUGAGAUAUAUGAAGGGAAAUAGUAUAAAUACUGAUUAAGUUUAGGAAAAUCCAUUAUAUAUUUAUGGAAAGCAUUGAAAGUCCUGAGAAUAAACCACUGAUUGUAUGGUAUGGAGGCGGGCCAGGAUGUUCUUGUAUGUUGGGUUUGAUUUCAGAAAUAGGACCUUAUGUGAGAGAAAAAUUUAGUUAAGAAUUUGUCUAUACUUAAAAUCCAUAUACCUUACACAAAUUGGCAAAUAUAUUAUAUUUAGACAUUCCUGCUGGGGUUGGGUAUUCGGAGCUCCACGAUGAAGAUUAUGAGUGGAGUGAUACUAAUACAGGAAAAGAUUCCUACGAAGCCAUAAGGACUUGGCUAGAUGGAUUUUAGGAUUACAAAGACAGAGAAAUGUGGAUUGGAGGAGAAUCGUAUUCAGGUAGAAUUAUGAUCAAUUUUUUUAGGGAUGUAUGUUCCUUGUACUGCAGAAGUAAUUGUAAAUAAAAACAAGGAAGGAUAAAAUAGAAUAAACUUGAAAGGAAUACUUGUAGGAAAUGGUGUUUUGGUUAACGAUGAUGACUUUUUUGAUUUAUGGAAUAGAGAAUAUAUGGUAAAAAGAAAUUUCUACGAUAUUGUUACAUAAAAUGUUAUGCAUAAUUCAUGUUUGAGAUCACCUCAAUCUGCAAGUUGUUAGAAAGCAUUGGAGACAUAAGCAAUAGUAAUGAAAGAUUUAAAUCCUUACGAUGUAUAUGGAUAUUGUUAUGGAGAUUCCUCAAUCGAAUAGAAAGGAAAGUAUAGAACAAUUCGGGACUCUGAAGAAGCCCCAUGCAUUGAUGUUGGACCCUUAAACAAUUUCUUUAAUAAUCCAGAAGUAAAGAGUAAAUUGAGAAUCCCAGAGGAGAGAACUUGGGAAGCUUGUAGUAUGGAAGUUUUUUUUGGAUUUAACAGAGAUAAGGAUAGUCAUGUAUUGAUGAAAUAUCUGUUUGAAAAUGGAAUAAAAAUACUUCAAUACUCUGGAAAUUCGGAUGAUAUUGUAAGCAUUGAUUACACUCUUGCAUCCUUGAAACUAAUUGAUGGUAUUACAUUAAUAUCAAGAACACCUUUCGCAAAUAAGGAGACCAAAUAAUUGGCUGGGUGGAUCAUGGAGUACAACUAUUUAACUCUGUAUAUCAUCAGAGGUGCAGGUCAUUUGGUUCCUUAUGAUUAAAGGGCUAAUGCUUUCCAAAUGUUCCAAGAAUUUAUUAGCAGAUAAUGAUAAGUUAAUUCUAAUAUUAAG